CUUGCUGCUAAAUUAUUUUCAUAGUAAAAUAAGCCAGUUUGCAGCCUGACUGAAAUAAUUAAUUACUACUGGGCUACAACCCAGUGUGAGAUCCUCCAUAGCCCCACUGGUGUUUGAAGCACAGGCUGAAAAUAGAGUGUGAAAAUAGAGUGGCUGUGGGUGUCGAGUGUUCCCAGAGGGCUUGGCCAGGAGUAGGGAUGUUUUGGUGACAGUCUGUGUCGCUUAAAGGCUGCUAAUAAAUGCAGCUAGAGGCUCUAAAUCUGUGUUUAACUCUGGUGGAUAAACCAGGGCAGAUGCAAGAACUGGGAUUUGGGAAAUAUAUUUUUAAGAAAAUCUGACUUGGGGUGGAUUUUAGAAAGAGGCUGUGAGUAAAACAAGAGUUUACUCUUCUCUGUCGGGCAGUUUGAGAUACCACUUGGUGAGAUUUGAGCUGAAAGGAGAGAAAUUGGAGUGAGGAAACUGAAUUUUAACAAGCAAGUGUAGCUGUACCCCCCGCUGAGGGAACCCACUUUGCACCUGGUGGGUGCUGACAGGUUUCAAGGCCAGGUUUUUGUUCCAAGUUGCUGUAGCCAGUUGUUUUCCCCCCAGCUCACAGACAGAAGCUUAAAAUGUGCUGGUGUCCAUCCAAAGAAGAUCUGUCUGUUUAUCCUGAGGCAGCAAAGGUAAAAUUGUGAAGGGUUCCACCUUAAACCACCAUAAACCACUGGUGCCUGUUGCUGCCUGUGUAUUUAUAUGGGUCGUUUUUUAUUUUGUGUUAAUUUUGUGUGUUUUUGUUUAAAACAGCAGGGUAAUACUGACUUGCUGCUUAGCAGUUUUGCUUCUGCUCCCAGGGCUCUGAAUCUCAGGAGGAAACUGGUUAGAAAUGUACCCCUUUCCUGCUGAUGCUGUUAAACCAGCAUAUGAGGAGCAUUAGCAGCUUCACAAGAGACAGAGUGAGUUAGUAAGGAAUGCAAAAAUGUACCCUCCGCAGGUGCUACAGCCGCGUGAAGGAGCACGGCGUCGGGAAGAGGAAAAGCAGCUACACGUUUGAGCAGCUGGAGCAGGUGUUUGGGCAGGGAGGAUGGGACUCCCAGCCCUGCCAGCCCGUCCUCAUCAACAGCAGCGGCUUGUACCAGGAGCUGGAGUCAGAUGGCAGCACGAUGGAGGAGUAUUCCCAGGAGGACUGGGGAAACCACAGUCAGGACCUUCACUGCUACCAGACCGGAGAGCAGGAAUUGGAUGAAAUGCCUACCACAAAAAGAACACUAAAGAUAAAACAGGAGUCUUCAGAAGACACGCAGAAGCGUGACGUCAUGCAGAACAUUAUGCAAAUCUUGGAGUCGGUCCAGUUGAAGUGGGAGCUGUUUCAGAGCUGGACAGACUUCUCCAGGCUCCAUCUUUCUAACAAACUGGCCAUUUUUGGCAUCGGGUACAACACCCGCUGGAAGGAGGAUAUCCGUUACCACUACGCAGAGAUCAGCUCCCAGGUCCCCCUCGGCAAGCGGCUCCGGGAAUAUUUCAACUCGGAAAAACCGGAGGGUCGGGUGAUCAUGACCCGAGUGCAGAAAAUGAACUGGAAAAACGUUUACUACAAAUUCCUGGAGAUCACCAUCAGUGAAGCCAGAUGCUUGGAGCUGCACAUGGAGAUCGACUGGAUUCCCAUCGCUCACUCCAAACCCACCGGGGGGAACGUGGUGCAGUAUUUGUUGCCAGGAGGGAUCCCCAAGAGCCCUGGCCUGUACGCCAUCGGAUACGAGGAGUGCCACGAGAAACCCCCCUCCCCGCUGGCCGAGCACCGGGCGCCCGACCCCGGCAAUGAGACUCCAGGGGAACUGGAGGUCCCCUCUCCACAAGCCUCCCUCCGGGUGGAUAUGGAGUCUGCCCGGAUUAUCUAUUGUUACCUUGGCAUCGCUGAGGUCCGGACUCUGCAGCAGUGCCUGUUUUUACACUUCCAGGCAAACACCAAAACCUUCAGCAAAGAUUGGGUCGGGAUCAACGCCUUUUUAUCUCAGAACUGCGUCGUAGAGCCCGGCGUCUCGCCCAAAUCCAUCUACAUCAAAUUUGUGGAAGUGGAGAGGGAUUUUCUGUCUGCCGGCUCUUUGGUAGAGUGCCUGGAAAAAGCCAUCGGGUACCCCUUAAAAUUUAACAACUGAGUCUCGUCCUUCAUAAGGAUCAGGGCUUUUCCGCCCCAUUUUCCAUCUCACUCGGAUCCUGUCCGUUCACAGCCGGCGCGUCAGACUUUCCCGCGUGUUGGGAUGCGCGGAGGCUCAGGCGGCGCUUCCCACGCGCCGGGCCCGGCUCUCUCCGCGCCCGCCGUUUCCCGCUGGAGCGGCGUGGUGAGGGGGAGCCCCCGGCCCGUGAGACGAUGGUCGGUACAUUCCACACGGGACGAGCUCGUGCACGUGGCGUUUUCAUACGGAAACUGGGGGUUUGGGCUUUCCUUUAUUCCACGGUGUCUCAUUCGGACGCAUCCGUCUCUAAGUGUUAUUCUGGAUCUGAAUCAAUAAGCAAUAGAUAACGGCGAGGGAACCCCCGACGGCCCGGGGACUGUUUUUCAAAGCCACCCUUAGAUAUCUUGUAUAUACUUUAGAACUUCACUUUUUUCACCAUUGAGUGUUCUCCUCUCUCCGAACAGUGUUGCCUGCAAAGACUUUGGUUUCUGUGAUGUAUUUCACUUCCUCAGUAGCGUUGCCAUAUCUACUUUUAUUUUAUUUUAUUUUUUUAACAUUAAAAUAAUUCCUGGCCUUUUUAUUUUUCUCUGUAUCUUUUUCUCUUUUAUUUUUCUCUUUAUUUUCCUCCUUAUUUUUCUCUUUUUUUAUCACUGUCUUCUUAUUUAAUCCUGUUUUUUCUCAUUAUUUUUCUUUCUCUAUUCAUCUUUUUUCUUUUCUCUUUAUCUUCUUUCCUUUUUUCUUUUUUAUCUGCUUUCCUUUCCUCUUUUUUACCUUCUUUCCUUUUUACUUUUUUAACUUUUUUAAUCUUUUUUCCUUUUUUAUCUUCUUUUCUUUUUUCCUUUUUUAAAUUUUUUUUAAAUUUCUUUUUCAUUUUGGUGUUUUCUUUUUCUUUUGGUUCUUUUAAUUUUGGGGGUUUUUAUUAUUUUUAUUUUCUCUUUUUUUUUAAUUCUUUUUUUCUUUCUUCUUGUCUUUCUUUUUUCUUUUUUUCUUUUUUUCUAUCUUUUUUCCUUUCCAUUUUUCUUUCUCUUUUUCUUUCCUUUUUUCUUUCUCUUUUUCUUUCUUUUUUCCUUUCCUUUUUUUCUUUCUCCUUUUUUUUUUCCUUUCUUUUUUUCUUUCUUUUUCUCCUUUUGGCUCCCCUUUUUUUUUUUCCCUUACGGGUUUCCAUAACUCUCUGUGAGAAUAACCUGGCAGCUGGGAAAACAUGAUGGUUAUUUUUAUUACUUGUUUUAUUGUUGACCCAUUGCUUAUGGAUACAAUCAAAGCUGUGAGA